UCUGAUUCAAGCCUGAGCUGAGUUUAGCGGGGAUCCACGUGGCGGAGACUGACUCACUCCCUCGGCACUCGCCUCUGCCUCUCGGCCCUCUCCUCUCCUCUCCUCUCCUCUCCUAUUCAGUGCUGUGAUGUGAGGACGAUGAUGAUGGAGCUCCGGCCCUACUGAUACUGAAGUCGCCGCUCUCAUUUCUCCGGCAGUGUCUAAAGUGCAGAUGCAAAAACAGUUUUAGAACUGGUUGGAAGGGGAAGAGUAAGAGUGAUAUCACUGUGGUGCAGUAAGAAAAGAUGCAAGGGUUGUCAUCGAGCACGGUGACAGCUUCUGGUGGUAGUGGAGUAUAUGGAACAAACUCUUCAACAAGUCGACAUUUCAAGCCAACGAAGAGCAGCUUUAUGGUCUCUACGUUUGACAGGCAAUGCCUUUGGAACCAGUGUGUGCAGAGGUUAUCUUCUUUUGGUAAUCCCAAUGUACAAAGACAAAACAAGUUUAAGGUUAGAGCAGGGUGGCUCUUUAAAGGGGGUGAUAAGGGUUUGGACGCGAGCUCAGAGCGUAGUGAGAGUGCUAAUGAGGAUAUACUCAUCUUCUUUUUCCAGCUGGACCUGGCCACUCGUGUACAGUAUGCUUUAAAUGUGGAGGAGUAUGAAAUUGCGCAACAAUUGAGGAACAAACUAACUGAGGUUGAAGCGGAAGUGGUUAAGCUGCAAGAAGCGAAAAGGGGAUCUUCUUCAAAGAGUGAGGCUCAGGAUAAGGCUAUAAGCCUUAUAAGACUGCGUGCAGAUUUGCAAAAAGCAAUUGAAGGCGAAAACUAUGCAUUGGCUGCUAAGCUGCGGGACGAAAUUUCUAAUAUGGAGGCAGAGUCCUUAGCUGCCGCAGCUAAAGCUCUGGCAUUUGAAAAGGCCGAGUAUGCAUUUCGCUUGGGCCAGAAAGUGAGGCAUAAAGUAUACGGUUAUCGAGCUGUUGUUUGUGGGAUGGAUCCAGUUUGCUGUGAAUCGACUGAAUGGAUGGAAAAGGCACAAGUUGAAAAGCUCGUCCAGGGUUCUAGUCAACCAUUUUACCAGGUCUUGGUCGAUGUGCAUGAUGCUCCCAACCUACUAGUGACUUAUGUUGCUGAGGAGAACUUGGUUGCACCCGAAAAGCCAGACUUGAGGAGGUUAGAUCAUCCCUAUGUUUCCAUCCUAUUCUACGGGACAGAUUCUGUUGGAGACUUCAUCCCGAUCAAGCAACUGAGAGAAAAGUACAACAGGCCUCGGCACGAAGUGCCUAUUGACCCUCAGGAUGAGGACGGCGGUGAGAGUGUUUAGGGCCCGUCUCAAGUUUGUCAGCAAUAAACUGACUCUUAAGAGAUCUGAGUGUUGUUCAUUCAGUCGGUACACGAGAACUUCUCCCUCGUCUGCUUUCAUGUUACCAUAUGUCGAGUCUGAUUCUCGUUGCUUUUAAACUGCUUUAAUUUUGAGUUUUAGACGACAUAUCGUAUGAGGAUAUGGGGGCUAGAUGACAGAAAUCUCUGUUACUGUGUAUGAGUGUAACUAGUUGUCCACUGGAAGCUCCUUUCACUUCCUUCAUCGUAAAAAGUAAAAAUUCAUC